AUUUGAUUGGAUAAUUAUCAAGACGGUUAGUUUUCAGCAUAUUUCUGUGCAAAUAAAUAGACAGAAAAUACAAACACUGAUAACUCACCAGUUUACUUUAACACGUCUUUGCACGGAAAUUACUUUAUUCACAAUGCACAGUUUGGAGUCGUAUCGUUUGUCACGAGUAACUGGGGCAAUGCUGGAAAAUCCAUUGCAAAGACUUCCUCUGAAAUGGGAAGCGUGGAACACAAUAGCUGGACAGUUACCGGAGCUUUCAAAAAACAGGAAGUUAAGAAGCGAAGUAGAAUCGCUGCCACUUUUAGAUGUAAACGGUUUGGAAAGUCACGAGGAACUAAGGCUGGCGCACAAAAUUCUUGCUUUUAUAACCUCAGUCUAUGUAUGGCAGGAUGGAGAAGGUGGGGAAGUCGAAUCACUACCAGCACAGAUCGCACAGCCAUUAUUAAGUGUUUCUGAAAAACUGGGUUCACAACCCAUUCUGACCCAUGCCGAUCUUGUUUUGUGCAACUGUAUUCCAUCAACGUCAUCGAAUGAAUCAAAAUGUGGCAGCUUUUUGAAAGAUGUACACAGGCCUACAUUUCACCACAGUUGGGAAGCAUUUAUCACACUGACUGGAGAAUGUGAAAUAUACUUUGCACCAAUACUACAGGAAGUAAUGAACGCUAUUGAAGCUCAAAAUCCUUUGGAUGAAGAGAGAAUUGCAGAAAGCCUAGAAAACAUAGUUCAAAAAUUCUUACCGUUCAGGAAAUCACUUAUGAAGUUUUACGGUAAACUAUACCCGGAAGAAUUUUAUGUGCACUUAAGACCUAUUCUCUCUGGCUGGACAUGUGGAAGACUUAAGGAUAAGGGCCUGGUGUACAAGACCAGCACUCAUCAGGGGAAAAUCAAAGAUGGAAUGUCUGUUUCGAAUGGUUGCCCAUUCACUAACAACGAAACAUGUACAAAAAGUGGUACUGGACGCACUUGUAUCGGUGCCAGUGCGGCGCAGUCAAUAUCUCUCCAAACAUGUGAUGCACUUCUUCAAAUUAAACAUAACCCAGAAGAUGAAGAAUUCUUGCGCAAAAUGCAAUCGUACAUGAUAAAGGAACAUCGGCAGUUUCUUAAAGAUCUAGCAAAUUGCAGCCGUAUUCGUUUUAUAGCAAAUGAAAGCAAGUCUCCUCGUCUCAAAACAGCCUAUAAUGACUGUUUACAAUCAUUGUGGAAUUUCCGAAAUUCGCAUAUAUCUUUGGUGAACAGGUUCAUUAUUGAACCAGCGAAGACGGAGGCAGCUAGGAUAGAAUCACUGAAGUUUUCUGGGACAGGUGGUCAGAGUAAGUUAGACGACUUUUAUCUCAGUCCUAUUUUAGAUUUACGUAUCUUUCUUCAAAGAGUUCGAGAUGCCUCAUCAUCGUCGUCGGUAUGAUGUGUAAUAAAGUCGUGACAAUGACUUCAUUUAUUUAUAUAAUUACUGAAUAUACUUCUUAGUGUCAUUUGAUGAAGGUUUAAAAAUAAAAAAAUCCAUGCG